GAACGUGCGAACGUCAGUUCCAGAUAAGCUUUUAUCCGAAUCAUGUUAAUGUUCAAGUUUAAUUGUUGAACAUUGACAAGUAACGAGUAAAUUAAAUUCUGUUCAGUGUUGACUUACCAACGAACAUAAUUAACAAGAGAAAUCAAGUGAAAUUAACUGAUUAACUUGUUCGUUUUUCGUUCCAAUUUUUGUUUUGUUUAUUUAUUAAUUUUUCUUUAACGUUGUUUUGAUUAAGUUGAUCUGAAAUCGAUAUACAAGACAAAAUGGUUGGACCAACGACGACAAUUAAUGCUAGUAAAUCAUUUAUGGAUACAACAUUUUACUAUUUUCAUGAUUUUUGGGAGGAAAAGGGUGACCCUCGAGUAUCAUCUUUACCCCUUAUGUAUGGUGGUCCAUGGAAGGUCAUGUUGAUCAGUUUCCUUUACUGGUACUUUGUCAGAAUCUUGGGUCCAGCUCUGAUGAAAGGACGACAACCAUUUGACUUGAGGUCAAUCAUGUUACUACACAACAGUUUCCUCAUCGGUGUAAACGGAGUUGGUUUCUUUGUGGGUCUUUGGGUAACCGAUAUGUUAAAAGAGACCUGGAACUGUGGUCCAGUCGAUCCCAAUACCUCUAACCUCAAGGAUAAUCUCACCGUUUACCUUGGUUACAUUUACUUUCUCACUAAAAUCGUGGACUUUGGUGAUACCAUUUUCUUUGUAUUGAGAAAGCGUUUCCAUCAAGCCUCAUUUUUACACGUUUUCCACCACGGAGUCAUGCCCAUUGUCGGUUUUGUGGGACUGAAAUUCCACCCUGUAGGCUAUUCGGGCUUCCUACCAACCAUCAAUAUCCUUAUUCACGCGAUCAUGUAUGCCUAUUAUGCUUUGGCCUGUGCAGGUCCAGAGAUGAAGAAAUACCUUUGGUGGAAAAAGCAUAUCACCCAAUUGCAAAUGGUCCAGUUUGUGUUGACCUUUUUCCACGCUCUAAAUGCCAUCGUUAAUCCAAAUUGUCACUGGCCUUUGGUCUUGGCUUAUCUCGAGGGUCUUCACGCUGUUUUAUUUUUCUUCCUCUUUGCAUCUUUCUAUAAAAAAGCUUACAUGUCACCAUCUUCAUCUUCAUCUUCAUCUUCACCAAAACAAUCAGUCGCUGCUCAUAAUAAAUCCGAUUAGAAAAUUAAUCGAAAUGUACUAAUUAACAUUUCAAAUUGUUUGUCGUUCGUCUCCAUGGCCUGGAUUCCUCGUUGCUUCAAAAUCAUUUCUCAUUUAUGGUAAAAUUCAAGGGAUAAAAAUCUUCCGUUAUCAUGUUUCCAUUUUCAUCUUCAUAUUCAUCGUUUCUUCAAGAUAUACAAACGGUUUUUAGUUCUGCUGGUUCUUAGAUCAGGUCACAUUGGACGAUUGUAAUUGGAAAGGUACACAAGAGAUCAAGACCAAUAUCGAGACUUUGGAACUAAUUUCAACCAGAUCGAAAUGGAAAUUCAAACAGAAUCAACUUGAUAGGAUAACAAUUAACAGAUGAAAAAUUUACAAGGAAAACCAGGUUACCAAUUUAAUUAGAAUUAGAUAUUUAGCGGGAAAAGAGAAACAAUCAAAGUUAAUCAUUUAAAACUCGCCAUUUAAAUUUCAACUAACAAACUAUCAUCUUAAUUAUCCAUAUAAACAAUUAAUCGAUGUUCACACUAAUAUGAUUAAUACGCCAAUUUGCUGAUUGGAAAACACUAGUCAAUACUUGAUAAUGUGACACUGAUGCUCUGAUUUAGAUUAAAAUUGAUUUGAUUACUUGAUUAUUUGAUUUAUGUCAUUCAAAUGAUUGUAAUUUAUUUAAUAUAUAAUUGAUUCAAUUUCUGUUAUUAAAAAGUCCCAAUGAAUUGUUUUCUGUUCAAAUUAACAAAAUAAAUUGUAAUUAAAUAUCAAUUCUUUUGACAA